AUGAUCCAUGACCCAGAAGUGUUACUUGAUACUCACCCAUCGACUCCUAUUGCUUUUCAGUAUAUCUAUGUUUGUGACUCGACAGCGGUCUCGCAUAAACUCUGUCAAAAAUCGGAACUAGGCCAGUUUAUUGUCAAUCUACCAGAAAAUGAAAUCAAUACAACGAGUAUCAUGACAUCCAGCUUCCCUCUAACAGGAAAUCAAACGGAAAUGGCAUUGUAUAAGAUUGAAUACACAGGGUAUUAUUGUGUAGCUUUAGUACCAACCGAGAGUAAUAAUGCUACCCAGUUUGAAGCGUGGGUUGAAUGGAGUUUUGCUUAUGGUGAAUUACCAGCAGUGGAUUACCCCAAAUUGAUUCUGUAUGGUGUUUUUACUGGUAUUUACUUGGCAGUUGGCGUCUUUUGGGCCGUUCAAAGCUACCGUAAUUGGUCUGAUAUUCUGCCUGUUCAGCACUUUUUAUCCGGUGCUAUAUUUUAUCUUGUAGUCGAAAUGGCGUUCAAUUUUGGUUUCUGGGAGGCGUAUAACCAGUCAGGAAAAGCAUUCUACGAUGAUAAACUAACUGGCACCUAUAAUGCUAGUAUGUCUUUCUUCAUGCUUCUGAUCGUUUGUAUGGGAUACAGCGUUGUCAAACCCAGUUUAGGUUCUACUAUGAAGAAAUGCAUCAUUCUUGCUUGUACUCAUUUCUUCUUUGGCGUAAUUUAUACCCUCGGCACAAUGAUCAUGUCGCCAGAAACGGCGGGUCUACUGAUUUUAUUGGUCAUUUUCCCCCUUUCUAUCACUAUGACACUUUUCUAUGUCUGGACUCUCAAUUCGAUCACAGGCACGAUCCACGAUUGCGAACUCCGUAAGCAGCACGUCAAGGUGACCAUGUAUAAACGACUCUAUCGCCUUCUUGUGUUUUCCGUUUUUGCGGUGAUCGGCAUCUUUAUUUUCAAUAUGCUUGCUUUUUCAGGUCGUAUGGAGAUCGAUUGGGCGGCUAAGAAUUGGAAGUACCGUUGGGUCAUGUUGGAUGGUUUGCUGAACAUUCUUUAUUUUGUCGUCUUUUUGGUGAUUGUCAUUCUGUGGAGACCUACCAGUAACAAUGCAAGGUACGGGUUGAUGCAAAUCAGUCAAGAUGAAGAAGAAGCCCUGGAUUUGGAGGAACGUCUUGGAAGAGCAGGAGACGACAAUGAGGAUGAACAUGAUCCUACUGGAAAUAGACCGUUCAAUAAUACCCGUAACCGUCACGAUCAGCAUGACAUCAAUGAUGCUGCUAUCUUUGAUUUAGGAGGUGAACUGAGUGAGGAUGACGAUGAAGAAGAAGAUCAUCCUCCUUUGUUUCAUCAGAAAAAUUCGAGCAAUAAGAAUGACAAGGGUAGCAUGAUGAAACAAGGUUACCAGCAAAGUUCUAAUAAAGGAGCUGAGCAAAGCGCCUUAUUGCAUGUAGAACAAGAUGAGGAUGAUUUUGAUGAAAAUGAUCAGUAA